AUGCAGGCUGAAAUUCGAGCCCAGCUUCCCAACGCGGAUGAGGUGAUUGUGGAUUACGCCGCAGGAUAUCUGAACCAUGCCGCACAGCAGUUCAGCAGUGAAGGCGACCCGUUAGCCGAUGCGGCUUCGGUCAUAGUACAGCUGCUCCUUUCAGCAUCAGGAGAUCUGUCCAGCGAGAAUGAAGUCACGGUACAGAAUCUCGUGGAGAAGUUCAUCUCCAAGCUGAACGAUGAGCGAGGCGUAGAUGGCGAGCGAAGGCAGCAGGCUCCGUCUGCGAAGAAGCUGGACCAGACCAUCCAGGUAGGCUCGCAACGGAAUGUCUCGACUACGCUGGGUCUUGCCGGAGCCUCUGUGGAUUUGGAGGCAGCAAACUCUCGCAAGGUGGAAUCCCGCGUCGACAAGAAGAAGCUUGAGAAGGCUGAAAGAAAGCUUCGAGCCAAGCAAGACAAGAAAGUCUUCAAGACUGUAGAGUAUGAGGCGUCACGACUGCUGGACCAGACAGAUGAGCAGCAGUCGUACGAGGAGUUCUUCAUGGCUGUGAACCCUCUGCAACUUGGAGCAGACGCACAGUCGAAGAGUAAAGACAUCAAGGUCGAUGGCAUUGAUAUCUCCAUCGGCGGCAAGCGGAUCUUGUCAGACACCAACCUCACUUUAGCAUAUGGCCGGAGGUAUGGCUUAGUCGGUCAGAACGGUAUCGGUAAAUCGACACUUCUAAGAGCCCUCAGUCGGCGAGAGGUGGCGAUUCCUACUCACAUCUCGAUUCUUCACGUCGAGCAAGAGAUCACUGGUGAUGACACGCCGGCUCUGCAAGCAGUGCUCGACGCCGAUGUGUGGCGGAAGCAUCUGCUCAAGGAACAAGAAAAGAUUACCAAAGAGCUUGCCGACCUCGAAAAGGAGCGCUCCACCAUGGCAGACACAUCAGCAGAUGCGGCCAGGCUUGACAAGCAGCGGGAGGGUCUCGACAUCACACUCAGCGACAUUCAGAACAAACUCGCCGAGAUGGACUCCGACAAGGCAGAGUCGAGAGCAGCCUCCAUUCUGGCUGGUCUUGGUUUCUCACAUGAGCGACAGCAGUUCGCCACCAAAACGUUCUCUGGUGGGUGGCGUAUGCGUCUCGCUCUGGCGAGAGCACUGUUCUGUGAGCCUGACUUGCUGCUUCUUGACGAACCGUCGAACAUGUUGGACGUGCCUUCGAUUACCUUCCUUUCGGACUACCUCCAGACAUACCCAAGCACCGUCCUUGUCGUCUCUCACGACAGAGCCUUCCUCAACGAAGUGGCGACAGACAUCAUGCAUCAGCACUCUGAGCGCCUGGACUACUAUAAGGGAGCCAACUUCGAUUCGUUCUACGCCACCAAAGAGGAACGACGAAAGACCGCCAAGCGAGAGUACGAGAAUCAGAUGGUGCAACGAGCUCAUCUACAGACAUUUAUCGACAAGUUCCGGUACAACGCUGCCAAAUCUUCGGAAGCUCAGUCGAGAAUCAAGAAGCUGGAGAAGAUGCCCGUACUCGAGGCACCAGAAAGCGAAUACGUCGUGCACUUCAAGUUCCCAGAAGUCGAAAAACUGUCGCCUCCUAUCAUCCAGAUGACUAAUGUCAGCUUCGGCUACACACCAGACAAGCCUCUCCUGAAGCACGUCGAUCUGGAUGUGCAGCUCGACUCUCGCAUCGGCAUCAUUGGUCCCAACGGUGCCGGCAAAACCACAGCACUGAAGCUGCUUAUUGCAUCACUAUCGCCUACGCAAGGUCUGAUUUCAGCAAACCCACGGCUACGCAUCGGCUUCUUCGCGCAACACCACAUCGACGCACUGGACAUGAACGCCAGCGCCGUCAGCUUCAUGGCGGCUAAGUACCCCGGGAAGUCAGACGAAGAGUACCGCAGGCAUCUCGGCGCAUUCGGCAUCACGGGCAUGACAGGUCUGCAGAAGAUGGCUUUGCUUUCAGGAGGUCAGAAGUCUCGUGUCGCCUUCGCCUGUCUUGGUCUCACCAACCCACACAUUCUCGUGCUCGACGAGCCGUCCAAUCACUUGGAUAUCGAGGCUAUGGAUGCGCUGAGUAUUGCUCUGAACCAGUUCGAAGGCGGUGUCGUCAUGGUCAGCCACGACGUUACGAUGUUGGAGAAGGUUUGUAAGAGUUUGUGGAUUUGCGAUCAGGGGACCGUUGAGCACUUUGAUGGGACCGUGAAGGAGUAUAAGAAGAGGAUCAGUGCGCAGGCGGGCCAGAGUGGUGUUGCUAUUCAGCAUUAG